CUGCUUGCUACAUUCCACACGGUCGUCGUCGCCGUCUGCAACAAUCAGCGAGCGGCGGCCAGCCAGAGAAAAAGGUCGUGGUGCCGACUGCGGACGCGAUGUCGUACUUCCUUCGAAUAGGUGUGAAGAAAUUCGCUGUCGCACGGGUUGCGAAGAAUAGCCUAACGACUGUGCACGGCGCUAUAGCGCUCGCAUCAAGCCGGCACAUCGCCACCACGUUUCCCGCCAGGAGAAAAGAAACCUUUGACGUAACCUUCGUGCGGGAAAACGGCGACAGGAUAAACGCUGUCGGGAAAGUGGGCGACAGCCUGUUGGAUGUCAUCAUCAACAACCACCUCGACUUCGAUGGUUUCGGAGCUUGUGAAGGGACGCUGGCUUGCUCCACAUGCCACUUGAUAUUCAAACCAGAGGACUUCAAGAGGCUCAAGGAGUCCCCUUCGGAUGAGGAACUAGACAUGUUGGACCUUGCCUACGGAUUGUGUGAAACGUCUAGGCUUGGCUGCCAAGUGUACCUGACCAAAGACCUGAGUGGCAUGGAAGUCAAAGUACCUGCUGGUGUCAACGAUGCAAGGGGAACAGACACGUGACUACACAUCGGUGCUAGAUAUUGCUAGUUAUGCGUAGAAAUACAAUAUAUUUUUGCAGCAAU